AGACCCAGAAAACCAAACUGGGAGCCCCUUCUUGUUCUUCUUCUUCUUCUUCUUCUUCUCUCAAAUCAAAACCCUAAAUUGCGAUGGAAGUUCUCGUUGUGAACAUCCAGGGGCUCUCGACGAACCCCGGAGACCUCCCCAACCUGCACAACAUUCUGAAGCAAGCGCACGACUCGCUCCACGCCGAGUCGAUUCGGCUGCUUCCUCUUCUCGACAUGCUUGAUCCCUCUCUGCACUCGCUCGGUUACCUCUACAUCUUGGAAGCAUGCACUUCAUCUGCAUUGUCAAAGGAGCAAGCUAGUGCGGUGGUGUUGCCCACGGCCAGAUUUAUGAAUUCGUGCAGUAAGGAGCAAAUUCAGUUGGCACCGGAGAAAUUCAUAAGUGUUUGCAAGAGGUUCAAAGACUAUGUUAUGCAGCUUGAAGCCCCUAUGAGAGGAGUGGCACCAAUGCUGGCAGCAAUUCGGAAAAUUCAGAGCUCCUCGGAACAUCUGACUCCCUUGCAUCCAGAAUUUCUUGUACUCUGUUUGCUGUCAAAAUGCUAUAAAGCUGGAUUAUCCAUUUUGGAUGAAGACAUCUUUGAGGUUGAUCAGCCAAAAGAUCUUCUUCUGUAUUGCUAUUACGGGGGGAUGAUAUGUAUUGGAGAAAAGCGUUUUCGAAAAGCAUUGGAGCUUUUGCACAAUGUUGUAACAGCUCCAAUGUCUGUCAUUACUGCAAUAGCUGUUGAAGCAUACAAAAAGUAUAUACUGGUUUCACUCAUUCACAAUGGACAGUUCUCUACCAGUCUCCCUAAAUACACCUCAUCUGUAGCUCAGAGGAAUCUGAAGAACAUUUGUCAGCCCUACAUAGAAUUGGCAAAUAGCUAUACGACGGGUAAGAUUGCUGAUUUUGAGACAGUUGCCCAGAAAUACCAGGAGAAGUUUGAUAAUGACAACAAUCUUGGACUGGUGAAGCAGGCUAUUUCUUCCAUGUACAAGCGCAACAUUCAGAGACUUACACAGACAUAUUUAACCCUCUCCCUCCAAGAUAUAGCCAACAGUGUUCAAUUAAACAGUGCUAAGGAAGCUGAAAUGCAAGUGCUACAAAUGAUUCAAGACGGUGAGAUAUUUGCAACAAUUAACCAGAAGGAUGGAAUGGUUAGCUUUCUUGAGGACCCUGAACAGUAUAAAUCUUGUGGGAUGAUUGAACGUAUUGACUCAUCAAUACAAAGGAUAAUGGCGCUUUCGAGGAAGCUGACUACUAUGAAUGAGAACAUCUCUUGUGAUCCUAUGUACCUAGCAAAGGUUGGGAGAGAACGGCAGCGGUUUGACUUUGAUGAUUAUGAUCCUGUUCCUCAGAGGUUUAAUAUAUGAUAUUAAUCAGUUUCACUCUUCCUGUCGGCAUUGGGAGAGUGGUUAGGACAAGACUGGAUCAUUUGAAUAUAUUUUCCAGCUCCUUACUGUGCAAAGAGAUGGGCAACAUUCUGUCAUUUCCUCCAAAAUUCUGUCUAGUUAUGAAACUAGUUUAAUUUGCUCAUAUUUUGUAGUUACUGUUGCCAUUUUUUAUGGAUAGGAAAGUGCAAUGAUGAGAAAAAUGAAACAAAACGUGUUCAAGGUUAUGAGUACUCCAAAUUGUCUAAGUUGCAACCUGAUGUCUACUGUGUACCGCUAUCGGUUAUUUGUGUGCAAGUCACUCGUUUUUAGGA